ACGAGUGUAAUCCGAAUUGAUUGGUGGGGCACUCGAUAACAGCGCAAACAUGCAAACGAAAAUCAAUUUCCUAUUUUCAGAUUCAUUUCGCCGCAUUUAUCGCCACGCGACACAAGCACAAUGUUUUCAUCAUCGAAAAUCACUCCGAUUUCAACAAUAUCAACUGUUUUACCACAAAAACCUCCAGAAGAAAAGCCUCAGACACAUACAAAAUGUUUCCAUCAAAUUCUACGCAAUGUUUUAAUCGUUGCACAGUUAUUCGCACAAUUACCCAUACAGGGUGUAACAUACCCUACACCAAACAAGUUAAACUUCACUUAUAAAUCUUUUUUAUCUUUAUAUUGUCUAUUACCAUUCUUGGGUAAUGUUUUUGUCCUGUGUAUGUUAAUUUACAAAAUGGCCGCGUUUGGUAGUGACUUAUUUCUCAUUACGUCGUUUAUUUAUCAUGUUUGUAACAUGGGUACGACUUUAUCUUUGCUUCACGUGGCCGAAAAAUGGCCGCCAUUGAUGAAGCAAUGGCAUAUGAUUGAGGUGCACAUGCAGCGCCACUAUGGCUGGCCGAAAAAGUUGGAAUUCCGCGUGAAUACCAUCGCGAUUAUAAUUUCAAUCUUUGCUUUGAUAGAGUACUUCUCUAAUCAUGUCGCUAAUAUUCAACUGGCACACACUUGUUCACCGCAGGAUCCACUCAAAUAUUACUAUGAACAACUCACGUUUCCGUUUAUAUUCGCCAUUUUGCCUUAUCAGCCAACAAGUGCGAUUAGUUUUGAUUCUGUUGCGUUGACGAACGAACAUUUUUUUCAUGUUACAAGAGGGCUAAUUUUAAGUGUUGCUGGUACAGUGACGUAUGAAUUGGUGUUGAUUCAACGAAUGAAAAUUUACUCUAAAGAAGACUCUACGAUCUUAUUAGAUGGCCAAAUGGGUGUGUUAAAUUAG